UUUUGCGUGCGAAAGGGCAUUUGCGUCAGGUAUUCCUAGUCGUCUCCAUAUUGAAGUCUGUAGGGUUUUCUGUGUUUUCUUGUUACACUUUCUUGUAUGGUGACAUUUUGUGUUUAUUCAAGUUAUUAGACGAGCUGAGGUUAUCUGUAAAUGAAGUAGUCGGGGGAUAGAAUCGUGUUUCUUCUUUCAGAUGGAACAGAGCGGAAUCCUCAGUCUUUUGUUGUAUGAGUUAGGGUACCCCUUCCCUCUCCUCGCGUUUUAACGUGAGGCUGGUGGCAGUGGCCACCUCUGAGGGGCGGAAACGUUAGGUUUGUCUCACUUUGCUGCAGCAGUCAGGGGCUCGCAGCUAAGCAAGUGGUAUCUCUCUUACUACCGGGAAGGUGAACGGACGGUAUAGUGUACUAUUUUCUACCCAUUCUCGGUGGGAUCCCUUCCUUUCCAGAGAUCUCUUGGCAGUAGAGUGUUCCUUUUCUACCUUAAUAGACGUCUUUGUUUACAGUUUUUUUACAGAAAUUUUGUUGUACUUUUUUUUUUUUUUGUAAAAUGUUGCAUCAGGAAGUUCCGUUUUAAAUGGCACAUUUAGGAUAGUUUUUAAAUUUUCUUCAAUCCUGGGUACAUUUCAAAGAUGGCUUGGGCGCUGAAGUUGCCACUGGCGGAUGAAGUCAUCGAGUCUGGGUUGGUUCAGGACUUUGAUGCCAGUCUCUCUGGAAUUGGUCAGGAGCUUGGAGCUGGUGCAUAUAGUAUGAGCGAUGUACUUGCACUGCCUAUCUUUAAGCAAGAAGAAUCGAACUUGCCACCGGAAAAUGAAAAGAAGAUUCUUCCUUUUCAGUAUGUUCUUUGUGCUGCUACAUCCCCAGCUGUGAAACUCCAUGAUGAGACACUCACUUACCUCAAUCAGGGUCAGUCAUAUGAAAUACGUAUGCUUGAUAACAGGAAAAUGGGAGAGCUGCCAGAACUUACUGGCUGCUUGGUUAAAAGCAUAAUCAGAGUUGUGUUUCAUGACCGAAGACUACAGUACACUGAGCACCAACAGCUUGAAGGAUGGAGGUGGAACCGGCCAGGAGAUAGGAUUCUUGACAUAGAUAUUCCAAUGUCUGUGGGCAUAAUAGACCCCAGAGCAAACCCAACACAGCUAAACACAGUGGAGUUUCUGUGGGACCCUACUAAGCGAACCUCUGUGUUUAUUCAGGUGCACUGCAUUAGUACAGAGUUUACCAUGAGGAAGCAUGGCGGUGAGAAAGGAGUGCCUUUCCGAAUACAGAUAGACACAUUUAAGGAGAAUGAAAAUGGAGAGUACACAGAACAUCUUCACUCAGCUAGCUGUCAAUUUAAAGUCUUCAAGCCCAAAGGAGCUGAUAGAAAACAGAAGACAGACAGAGAAAAAAUGGAAAAGCGAACUCCACAGGAAAAGGAAAAGUAUCAGCCCUCAUAUGAAACAACAAUACUCACCGAGUGUUCACCAUGGCCUGAGGUCACGUACGUCAACAACACACCAUCUCCUGGCUUUAACAGUUCACAUAGCAGUUUUUCUGUUACUGAAAGACUCAGCUUGUCAGUCAGUGGGGAGGUUGAAAACCAGAAUAUGCGAUACAACGAUACGUCCGAGGCACACAGCAAUGGGUCUCCAAAUCACCAGCCUGAGCCUUCUUCCACUAUUACAGAUAAUUUGCUGCCAACAGCUACUCCACAGGAAGCCCAGCAGUGGCUUCUUCGAAAUAGAUUUGCUGCCUUCUCCCGGCUAUUCACCAACUUUUCAGGAUCAGACCUUUUGAAGUUAACAAGAGAUGAUGUAAUACAAAUUUGUGGUCCAGCAGAUGGAAUUCGACUUUUUAAUGCACUAAAGGGGCGGGUGGUACGGCCAAGGCUAACUAUUUAUGUGUGUCAGGAGUCACAGCAAGAUCAGCCACAUUCGAAACAUGAAAGCACAGAGCCAGCCAACAGCACUUUCUUUGUUUACCAUGCUAUUUAUUUGGAAGAGCUGACAACAAUAGAGUUAACGGAAAAGAUAGCUCAACUCUUCAACAUUUCCCCACGACAGAUAAGUCAGAUUUAUAAACGAGGACCCACAGGAAUACAUGUUCUUGUUAGUGAUGAGAUGAUAAUCAACUUUCAAGAUGAAUCUUGUUUCGUUCUGGACACAAUGAAAGCAGAAACAAAUGACAGCUACCACAUAAUUUUGAAGUGACAGCAGAGAGCAGCAAGCAGACAGGAUCCAGAAUUCAUCCCACAAGAUCGAUUGUCUGCAUUUCCCAGUGAAAUAAACCCGUAUGAAUGGGAGGUACCUGGCUUAAAAAAGUUAUAUUUCCCUCUGGUGACAGUUUGACAUACAUGGAGAACUGAUUUUAAUGCCAUCCAUGGGCGACAUGAUUACCUAUAUAUUUGCCAGUAGCAAUGCCAUACCCAUGCAUGGAAAACAUUUCUUUUAAUGCAAAGAACAUAUGUUCCUUUCCCACAAUUCCAUGAGAGCCAGUGCCGUAGUAAUGCUCACUGCCGUGUGAACUGUGCACUCUAGUCAGUAUUGUUGCCAGUUACCAAAGUCUAGAAACCAGUUUUAUGCAGUUGUUUGGCAGUCAGAAAAUAUUUUUGGCAGCUCUGCUCUUCACAGUGGCUAGGAAGAGUCAGCAUGUGACCAGCUUCUAAGCUGAAUGUCAUGAAUGCAAUGGAUCAUGAAAAAUCGAUUUGCUUUGUAAAAGCCAUGAACAGUUUCUCCGUGGAAAGUUUCUUGUAAAUACUAUUACUCAUUGUCUGCAAGCAGCAUUUUUUCUAAGAAGAAAAAAAGUUAAAAACGUAUGUCAUUUUGAAAAAAGAAUGGUAGCUUACCGAAGUCGUGGCCAUGGUGCACAAAAUAAAGCACACACACCCCUGAGGAGUGUGCAGUACAGGUUCAGUUUCAAAUUAUUAUGGAUUUAGUUGUUGUAAAGUGUUGUUCAAAAGUCCGUAUAUUUUAUGUCUCUUUCUGUAAUGGAUAAUGUAGGGGAAAUAAGUGCAAAAUAAUAUUUUUUUCAUAUGCAAUAAGUGAGUAAAAAAAAAUGCAGAUUUUUAACACAAAAAGACCUUGAUUGUUUUACUUUUGUAUUACUUUUUCUGGCCACCUGUAAAAGUUAUUUCAACAAAGACAUUGUCUAAAAAGUGAAUUUCCUUUUGGGUUGUUUAUAAAAUUAUUAAAAAAUGCAACAUUUUCAAA